AUGAUCAGGAGGGCAAUUGGCCGUAUUAUACCACAAGUAACAGCGUCGAGGUCGAAUCAUAUCAAGAGAGUCAUGUCGGAGAUUUCCAAUGCCAAUGCUGAGAAGCCCGCGGCCGCAGUGGCCCCGCAGGAGGGUGAGAAGAAGAAUAAGAAGAGCUCGAAGAAGGCGUCGAAGCUGCAGGUGCAGCUGAAGACCCCCAAAGGGACGAAGGACUGGGCGGAUACGGAUAUGGUCAUUAGAGAGGCCAUUUUUGAGACGCUGUCUGGUAUCUUUAAGAGACACGGUGGGGUCACGAUUGACACUCCAGUGUUUGAGUUGCGCGAGAUUCUGUCUGGGAAAUACGGUGAGGAUUCGAAAUUGAUUUACAACCUUGAGGACCAAGGUGGUGAGUUGACGUCACUGCGUUACGAUCUAACAGUGCCAUUUGCUAGGUUCGUCGCGAUGAACAACGUACAGAACAUCAAGCGGUACCAUAUCGCGAAGGUGUACAGGAGGGACCAGCCGGCUAUGACCAAGGGCAGAAUGAGAGAAUUUUACCAGUGUGACUUCGACGUCGCGGGUGCAUACGAGGCACUUGUCCCGGAUGCAGAGAUCCUGUCCAUCAUCGUCGAGGGGCUAACCGCUCUCGGGAUCAAUGACUUCAAGAUCAAACUCAACCACAGGAAGAUCCUCGACGGGAUAUUUAAGAUCGCAGGUGUCGCGGAUGAGGACGUCAGGAAGAUCUCCUCAGCGGUCGACAAACUGGACAAGAGCCCCUGGGAGGCAGUCAAGAGAGAAAUGACCGAGGAGAAGGGACAGACGGAGGAAACAGACGGAAAGAAUUGGGGGAGUACCGUCAAAUUGAAGGGUUCCCUCAGCGAGGUCUACGAAAGCCUCGCCAAGGACGACGCCAUUCUCAACAACGAGCUUGCAAAGCAGGGGCUCGACGAGAUCAAGACGCUAAUGGGCUACACUAGCGCCUUCAACAUUGACCAAUUCAUCUCGUUCGACCUUUCGCUUGCUAGAGGGCUGGACUACUACACGGGGCUCAUCUACGAGGCUGUUACGGAAGCCUCCGCUCCUCCAGAGAACGCAGUCGAAUUGAAGAAGAAAUCUAAGACCGCAGAGGACGCCUCAGAGUACGUGGGGGUCGGCUCGAUUGCGGCCGGUGGUCGUUACGACAACCUUGUCAACAUGUUCGCCAAGGCGUCCGGGAAAAACUCAGCACAGAUCCCCUGUGUCGGGAUCUCUUUUGGUGUCGAGAGACUGUUCUCGCUCAUCAAGCAGAGAACACACUUGACAAACACCAUCAAACCAUCGUCCACACAGGUGUACAUCAUGGCAUUCGGUGGUGGGAAGGACUGGACGGGUUACCUCCCUGAAAGAAUGCAGGUCGCCAAACAACUCUGGACCGAGGGCAUCGAAGCGGAGUACGUGUACAAAUCAAAGGCCAACCCAAGAAAACAAUUUGAAGCUGCCGAGAAAUCGGGUGCCUCGAUUGCCGUUAUUUUGGGUAAGGAGGAAUUCGCUGACGGCCAAGUCCGGAUUAAGAGACUAGGUCCCGAGUUUGCCGACGACGAUGGCGAACUCGUUCCCACUGCGAACAUGGUCGAAACUGUCAAGGAGAAACUGCUUACUGCUCAGAAGGACGGUGUCAAUGACGUCACCCGCUUGUUGAGAGGGUUAUAA